AUGUCCACCUCCGCUGUGAAGUCGCUUUACCGGCGCUCUUUGAAACUAUCUCUUGACUGGGCUGUCCAGCGGCAAGUCUGGCGUGGACAAGCAGUCUAUAUCCGGUCCCUUUUUGAGGCCAACAAGGACGUCCGCGAUCCUCGCCAGCAACAGGUCUUGCUGCGUGAGACAGAGAAGCUUCUGGCCACCUGGAAGCACCCUGACCCAUACCGGGCACCUACUGCUCCCGGCGGUAACAAAUGGGAACGCAACCUCCCGGCCCCAAUCCUGCCAUAUGCCCAACCUCCCGCUGCACACUAA